CUGCUCAGGCGCGGUGCCGUCACUUCCUCCCCAGCCGGACCUGCCCCCGGCGUUCAUUCUCUUUAGUGUUUGCCCUGUGUCCGCCGCCUCCCUCCGCCACUGCGAUUCGCCCCCCCCCCCUUCCCAGACCCCCUCCCCGCCUCGGGACCCGGCCAAUGGACUGAGACGCCCGCCUGCCCGCCCGCAGCACCAGCCGGCCCGGGAGCCGCAGCCCAGGCAGCCAGAUGUCACCAAAACCCUGCUGCACCGCAGACUUUCUCUGAGACCUUGGGCAAGUCACUUAGGCACUCUGUUCCCUAUCUAUAAAAUGAGAUAAUAGCACUCCGUAUUUCACAGGGACAUUGUGAAAGAUUGUGAGGCAGGCUUUCUCCAACAUAAAUACUCUCCCUGGAACUAAAACCAAAACUUCACUGUCCCUGGAUCACCUAAAGGUAGACCAUUAGGCUCCAUCGCACUGAAUUAACCUGCAUUCAAAGCUGUCUACCUGCAGUAAUUCGCUUUGGUUGCAAGUGAACAUGUCUCAAGUUCAAAUUCAGAAUCCAUCUGCUGCUCUCUCAGGGAGCCAAAUCUUGAAUAAGAACCAGUCUCUUUCGCAGCCUUUGAGUAUUCCUUCUACCACUAGUUCUCUGCCCUCUGAAAAUGCAGGUAGACCUCUUCAAAACUCUGCUUUACCUUCUGCAUCUGUUACAUCCACCAGUGCAGCUGCAGCUCCUUCUAACAUGGCAAACCCCAAAGAGAAAACCCCAAUGUGUCUUGUGAAUGAGUUAGCCCGUUUCAACAAGAUUCAGCCUGAGUAUAAGCUUUUGAGCGAGCAAGGUCCAGCUCACUCUAAGGUGUUUACAGUGCAGCUGACUCUUGGGGACCAGCACUGGGAAGCUGAAGGAACUAGUAUUAAAAAAGCUCAACAUGCGGCAGCUGCCAAAGCUUUGGAAGGGACAAAAUUUCCUAAACCUACAGCUCGCCCGUCUCGUAGUGAAGGAAAGAAUCCAGGUAUUUUCCAGGACAGGCUCUUUAAAAAUGUGUAUAGGAUACCCACAUCUGAACUUGAUAGUGUAACCCCCACAGUGGAGCUAAAUGCUCUUUGCAUGAAGCUGGGAAAGAAACCUAUGUACAAACCUAUUGACCCUUACACAGGGAUGAGAUCUACCUACAACUAUAAUAUGAGAGGUGGUGCUUAUCCUCCACGGUACUUUUACCCAUUUCCUGUUGGACCCUUACUUUAUCAAGUUGAGCUCUCUAUUGGAGGACAGCAGUUUCAUGGGAAAGGAAGAACAAGACAGGCUGCUAAGCAUGAUGCAGCUGCUAAAGCACUGAAAAUUCUGCAAAAUGAGCCCCUGCCUGAGAAACCAGAGGUUAAUGGAAAAGAACCAGAUGAUGAAAAUCUCAAUAAAUCUGAAAUAAGCCAAGUGUUUGAGAUUGCACUUAAAAGGAACUUGCCUGUGAAUUUUGAGUUUUUCCCUCUGAAACAGGUGACAAAGGAAAGUGGUCCUCCCCAUAUGAAGAGCUUUGUAACUAAGGUGUUCGUUGGAGAAUUUAUGGGUGAAGGUGAAGGAAAGAGCAAGAAGAUCUCAAAGAAAAAUGCUGCAAUAGCGGUCCUAGAGGAACUGAAAAAACUGCCACCCCUCCCUAUGGUUGAGAAAAUGAAGCCACGAAUCAAAAAGAAAACAAAAUCAAUAGUGAAGCUGCAAACAAGCCCAGAAUAUGGCCAAGGAAUGAAUCCCAUUAGCAGACUUGCUCAGAUACAGCAGGCCAAAAAAGAGAAGGAGCCAGAGUACAUGCUCAUCACAGAACGUGGUCUUCCAAGGCGCAGGGAGUUUGUUAUGCAGGUGAAAGUUGGCAUGCACACAGCUGAAGGAAUGGGAACGAAUAAGAAAGUGGCUAAACGCAAUGCAGCUGAAAACAUGCUGGAGCUUUUAGGUUUCAAAGUCCCCCAACCUCAACCCCCAAAGCCAGCACUAAAGACAGAAGAGAAGACACCAGUAAAGAAACCAGGCGAUGGAAGAAAAGUAACCUUCUUUGAACCAGGCACUGAAGAAACUUCAUCUAGUAAUAAAGAUGAUGAGUUUAGGAUGCCUUAUCUCAGCCAUCAGCAGCUUCCUGCUGGAAUUCUUCCCAUGGUCCCAGAGGUUGCACAAGCUGUAGGAGCCAAUCAAGGACACCACACCAAAGAGUUCAACAGGGCAGCCCCUAAUCCUGCCAAGGCUACAGUAACAGCCAUGAUUGCUAGAGAGCUGUUAUAUGGUGGUACAUCUCCUACUGCUGAGACCAUAUUGAAGAAUAACAACUCAUCAGGCCACGUACCCCAUGGACCACUCACUAGGCCCUCUGAACAGCUGGACUAUCUUUCCAGUGUUCAGGGAAUCCAGGUGGAAUACAAAGACUUUCCAAAAAAUAACAAGAAUGAGUUUGUAUCUCUUAUAAACUGUUCCUCUCAGCCACCACUGAUCAGCCAUGGAAUUGGAAAGGAUGUAGAAUCUUGCCAUGAUAUGGCUGCACUGAACAUUUUAAAGUUGCUGUCUGAGUUGGACCAACAAAGUACAGAGAUGCCACGACAAGGAAAUGGACCAAUGUCUGUAUGUGUGAAACAAGAAAUGGAAAGUGACCCUCUCCUCAAACCGGCUAACUCAAACACUUUGGGACAAACACUGGACAGCACUGCCUGAAAAGGCUUUUGACUGGACCCAAACCUGAAAGCACCAGAGAAAAUCAAAUGCUUCCUAUUUAAUGUAACCUAACUGUUUUAGAGUGCUACAGUCUUUCCAACCUACUGUAGUAUCUAAAUCAUAACCGUUGCUUUUUCUUCAAAGUGAUAAAUUUUUAGUUUCAUUAUACUGUUUUGAUUGAAAUGACACUAUAAAUUUUUCAUUUAAAAGUUUCUUAAUUGUAUCUAGAACAAUAGCACAGUUUAGAAACUUUGUCUUCUGAGACUGAUGUUAUCUGUGAACUAACUUGGGAAGAUCAUAUCCAUGUAUGUGGUUAUUUUGUUUUUACUGAAAUAGCAAAGUUUCACUGGAAACAAAUUGUGUGCCCUCCAUUUAAAAAAAAAAAAAAAAAAAAAGUCAAGGACUUCGGCAAACUUAACUUAAUUCUCCAACGGUUGUAUGAAUUAAACAUUUUAGGAAUUUUAAACUUUGUUUGAUUUUGGUUAAUUUCUAGUUUUCUUGUGGGGAAAGGGGGGACUUGAAUGCAACAGGAGUUUAAAUAAUCUCUGAUCUAUGUUUUAAAGAUUGUGUGUGUGUGUGUGUGUGUGUGUGUGUGUAUAUAUAUAUAUAUAUAUAUAUAUAUAUAUAUAUAUAUAUAUAUAUAUAUAUGAGAGAGAGAGAGAGAUAGUGGCACACAACUCACUACAUUACAGGAUAUGAUCUCAAUGUAGUGCAUAUAAAACUGCAGAUUGAUUUUCCUUGAGUGCUUUAUACUGUUUAAUUACAUCUCCAUGUAGGGCUGAAAAAAAUUACCUAUGUUUAUAUAUAAACUGUGUUGCUUUUGAUGUUGUGUUAUUGCGCACAAUUCUGUGUGCAAUAAGUUUUUUGCAUAUGGUCCAGGUAAAGCACGAUAGCCUUGCAAGUUAAGUACUGCUUCAGUUCAUUGUUUACGCUGGAAUUUUUUCUCCCCAUGGAAUGUAAGUAAAACGUAGUGUUUGUCACCAAUAAAUGGUAAUACUAAAAA